GUUAGGUUUUACUUGUCAUUUUGUAUAUACAAAAUUACACGUGAUUAUUUAUAAUUUAUAAUUUACAUUCUGUUUACCUAUGAAAGUAAAAUAAUUGAAAAAAGAUGUUAUCUAAAAGUGCCUAGUAAAUAUAUUUAUAAAAAAAAACAGUGAUUAAAUAUAUACAAAAGACAAAAAAAAAAAAAAAAAAAAAAAAAAUGGCAUCGAUAAUAAGAAAUAAAGUAACGUUAGGUUUUCGAAAGUCAUUUUUAACUGAGAAAGGUGAUUUUUUACAAUGGUUUCCUGGUCAUAUGGGCAAAAGUUUACGGAAAAUGCAACAAAAAUUAAAAAAUAUUGAUUUAAUAAUAGAAGUAACCGAUGCAAGAGUACCUCUAUCUGGUCGUUGUCGUGAAUUAAAAUCAACUUUAAGUGGUAUAAAACCUCAUAUUUAUGUAUUAAAUAAAAUAGAUUUAACCGACAUGCAAUAUACAAAUAUGGCAAUUGAAAAAUUAAAAAAAGAAGGCAUGGAAAAUAUUGUUUUAACUAAUUUUAAAGAUCAAACAUGUAAAGGUAUGAAAUCUCUCCUUCCAUUAACAAUGAAACUUAUCAAUAAUUCAGAACGUUAUAAUCGUGAGAAUGAAAGUGAAUUUACAAUAAUGAUUGUUGGUAUUCCAAAUGUUGGAAAAUCAUCGCUAAUUAAUCGUUUACGUAAUAAUCAUCUUAAAAAGCGAAAUGCUGCGGCAGUUGGCGCAGUUGCCGGUAUAACACGUUCAAUUAUGACAAGAAUAAAAAUAACCGAUGAUGUUUAUCUUAUUGAUACGCCUGGAAUUUUAUCACCCGAAAUAAGAGACAUUGAAGGUGGAUUAAAAUUAUCAUUGGCUGGCUGUAUACUUGAUCAUUUAGUUGGUCCAGAAAAAAUGGCAGACUAUUUAUUAUAUUGGUUAAAUAAACAAGGACGAUUUGAAUAUGUGGAAAAAUUUAAUUUACUUGAACCAAAUGAUAAUAUAAUGGAAGUACUUGGCCAAAUAGCUAUUAAUUUAAAUAAAACGAUAAAAUUGAAAAAUUUUGAAAAUAAAAUCAUUGUCAAACCAAAUUAUUUGUAUGCUGCUGAACUAUUUAUUAAAGCAUUUCGAUAUGGUGAAUUAGGAUUGUAUUGUUUAGAUCAAGAUAUUGUUAAUCGUUAAAAAAAAAAAAAUGUUUUAUUUUUUACUGAUGAAAAAUAUUUGUAAAUAAAUGUAAAUAAAGUAAUUUACUCUAA